AGUGAACUUCACUGUUGAUCAAAUGCGUGGCCUUAUGGACGUUGUCACCAACGUCCGUAACAUGUCUGUUAUUGCUCACGUCGAUCAUGGUAAAUCUACCUUGACCGAUUCCUUGGUCCAAAAGGCCGGUAUCAUCUCCGCCGCCAAGGCCGGUGAUGCCCGUUUCAUGGACACCAGAAAGGAUGAACAAGAAAGAGGUAUUACCAUCAAGUCUACCGCUAUCUCCUUGUACUCUGAGAUGUCUGACGAGGACGUUAAGGACAUCAAGCAGAAGACCGUUGGUAACUCUUUCUUGAUCAACUUGAUCGAUUCCCCAGGUCACGUUGAUUUCUCCUCUGAAGUCACCGCUGCUUUGCGUGUUACCGAUGGUGCCUUGGUUGUCGUCGAUUGUGUUGAAGGUGUGUGUGUCCAGACCGAAACCGUUUUGCGUCAAGCUUUGGGUGAACGUAUCAAGCCAGUUGUCAUUAUCAACAAGGUUGAUCGUGCCAUGUUGGAAUUGCAGAUCACCAAGGAAGACUUGUACCAGUCCUUUGCCCGUACCGUUGAGUCCGUCAACGUUAUUAUCUCCACCUACUCCGAAAAGGACUUGGGUGACGCCCAGGUCUACCCAGACCAGGGUACCGUCGCUUUUGGUUCCGGUUUGCACGGUUGGGCCUUCACCGUCCGUCAGUUCGCCUCCAGAUACGCCAAGAAGUUCGGUGUCGACAAGACCAAGAUGAUGCAGAGAUUGUGGGGUGACUCCUACUUCAACCCAAAGACCAAGAAGUGGACUAACAAGGAGAAGGACGCCGAUGGCAAGUCCUUGGACCGUGCGUUCAACAUGUUCAUCUUGGACCCAAUCUUCAGAUUGUUUGCUUCCAUCAUGAACUUCAAGAAGGACGAGAUCCCAGCUUUGUUGGAGAAGUUGGAAAUUGUCUUGAAGGGUGACGAGAAGGACUUGGAAGGCAAGGCCUUGUUGAAGGUUGUCAUGAGAAAGUUCUUGCCAGCCGCCGACGCCUUGUUGGAAAUGAUUGUCAUUCACUUGCCAUCCCCAGUCACCGCCCAGUUCUACAGAGCUUCCACUUUGUACGAAGGUCCAUCUGACGAUCCAUCCUGUAUCGCCAUCAGAGACUGUGACCCAACCGCUGACUUGAUGUUCUACGUCUCCAAGAUGGUUCCAACCUCCGACAAGGGUAGAUUCUACGCCUUCGGUCGUGUCUUUGCCGGUACCAUCAAGUCUGGCCAGAAGGUCAGAAUCCAGGGUCCAAACUACGUCGUCGGUAAGAAGGAUGACUUGUUCCUCAAGUCCAUCCAGAGAACCGUCUUGAUGAUGGGUAGAUUCGUUGAGCCAAUCGAUGACUGUCCAGCCGGUAACAUUGUCGGUUUGGUCGGUGUCGAUCAGUUCUUGUUGAAGUCUGGUACCAUCACCACCUCCGAACUCUCCCACAACUUGAAGGUCAUGAAGUUCUCUGUCUCUCCAGUUGUGCAGGUUGCCGUUGAAGUUAAGAACGCCAACGAUUUGCCAAAGUUGGUUGAAGGUUUGAAGAGAUUGUCCAAGUCUGACCCAUGUGUUUUGACCUACAUGUCCGAAUCCGGUGAGCACAUUGUUGCCGGUACCGGUGAAUUGCACUUGGAGAUUUGUUUGUCCGAUUUGGAACACGACCACGCCGGUAUUCCAUUGAAGAUCUCUCCACCAGUGGUUGCUUACCGUGAAACCGUCGAAGCCGAAUCUUCCAUGAUUGCUUUGUCCAAGUCUCCAAACAAGCAUAACAGAAUCUACGUCAAGGCCCAGCCAAUCGACGAAGAGGUCUCUGUUGCCAUUGAGAGUGGUAAGAUUAACCCAAGAGAUGAUUUCAAGGCCCGUGCCAGAAUCAUGGCUGACGAAUACGGUUGGGAUGUGGUUGAUGCCAGAAAGAUCUGGUGUUUCGGUCCAGAUGGUAACGGUCCUAACUUGGUUGUUGACCAGACUAAGGCCGUCCAGUACUUGUCUGAAAUCAAGGACUCCGUCGUUGCCGCUUUCCAGUGGGCCACCAAGGAAGGUCCAAUCUUUGGUGAGAACAUGAGAUCCGUCCGUGUUAACAUCAUGGAUGUUACCUUGCACACUGAUGCUAUCCACAGAGGUGGUGGUCAGAUCAUCCCAACCAUGAGAAGAGCUACCUACGCCGCUAUGUUGUUGGCUGAGCCAAGAAUCCAGGAACCAGUCUUCUUGGUUGAGAUUCAGUGUCCAGAAAACGCUAUCGGUGGUAUUUACUCCGUUCUUAACAAGAAGAGAGGUCAGGUUAUCUCUGAAGAACAGCGUCCAGGUACUCCAUUGUUCACCGUCAAGGCUUACUUGCCAGUUAACGAGUCUUUCGGUUUCACCGGUGAAUUGAGACAGUCUACCGGUGGUCAAGCUUUCCCACAAAUGGUCUUCGACCACUGGGCUACUCUCGGGACUGACCCACGUGACCCAACCACCAAGUCUGGUGAGAUUGUCACUGCCGCCAGAAAGAGACACGGUAUGAAGCCAGAGGUCCCAGGUUACGAAGAAUACUACGACAAGUUGUAAGAAGCUUAACGCUUCUGCUGUUGUAAAGCUGUUUUAGUACUUGCGUUUCUGCACGUUUUCCGUCGGUUUGCCGACUAAUAAAUUAUUUUAAAAACUUGGGUUGUAGGGGAGUUUAGGUUUUUGCGGAGAUAUUUCCUUUGUUGAGGGUUGGCUGGGAUUUAAUAUUUAGGGGUUGUUGAUUUAUAUGUAUAAGCACCCUUUGACAGUCAAUACAGAUGGUGGACCGUGGGGUUUCGAUUUUAUCUAAUUGUAACGUUGCCUGUCUCAAGACGUUGAUAGUUUAAUCGUA